AUGGCCGAAGAAAUUCAGUUACAAUUGAUCAGAAAAUCAUUGGAGGACCUCGGCUACUACUCAGUCGCUGACUUGUUGGCCGAACGCAUGGCCGAACGGCCAUCCACCCUCCUGUGGAAUCCCACCUCCGACAUCCGUGUCUUGUUAGCUACUUUGCAAGAGUUUGUCAUCAAGGGACAAUGGGAUGCCGCCUUGAGCAUCUUGAGACUUGAGCUGAAGCCGAAACCCUCGUGGGAUAUUAAUGUUGAGUCGCUUCUUUCCGACCAACAGCGAUUGGUGGCAGAAUACAUUAUAUGCCGAUUCAUGUUCCUCCAACAGGUAAUACACCAGCUGUUUGGAGCCUAUGGCGGCUACCCUUCCCAGUCAGCAGGUUCGCUGUUACUGUGGACGCUUGAAAAUGCCAUGCUGGUGUACAACAGAAUUAAUUUUAGCGAUACAACUGUGGCUUUGGUCACCCAAAUCCCUCGAAGCUCUGAAGGUGCCAUCCUAGUGCCCCUUUCAAUGAACCCACCAGUUGCUUCGGCUUUGUUGCAAGAAGUAUUUAACGAAAAGAUCUUGCUUACAACCUUUGGAACUAAAUGGACUGAUGAUGUCCAGGCCACAUAUAGUUCCUUGCUGGCUAGGCUUUACAACGUUGUAUGCUACCAUUUGCGGUCAAUAAUCACACCAGAGUCCAGUCAACCUGGCGAAAACUCAUACACAAACAUCCCGAAGAACUGUCUUGCAGAAAUCAUCAAGAAUGCUGCCAUUUACAACCUGGCAAGGUCGUUGUACCACUUACCACCACGCAUAGAACCCGCAGAAGGAGAAUCACUGAUCAAUUCGCAUCUUUUGCCAUUACAGACGGCCGAUGGAACUAGGGAAGAUCUCCCCAUUCAUCUUUUGCACACAUUAACGGGCCAUUCUGAUGAGGUAUGGUUCACCCGAUUCUCUCCCCUGGGCCGCUAUUUGGCUACUGGUUCAUUGGACGGAACAUGCAUCAUCUACGACGUAGCCAAUUCCUUCAGUAUUGUGGCUAAAUUGAACUCCAGCCAGGAAGACGAGGAGAAUGUUUUCGUCCAGAGCUCACACAAGCCCGGUUUGGACAAAAAGAAAGGUAUUAUUUCCCUCUGUUGGGAACCCCAUGAAAGAUUUAUAGUCACAUGUUGUCUCGAUACGGUGAUCCGUGUUUGGCGAGUAGAGAACAUUACUCAGAGCAAACGAAUUACCAGAUCAAUGGACGAUGUCAAGCCAACUAGCUUAAUUGCUUGUUUCACACUUGGUGAACGCAUGCGUACUUGGCCAUGCGAGUUUUUGCAUUAUCCAAUCAAUGUGACUCCCCAUUUUAUUGUGGGAUCCCCCGAUAAGGUUUUGAAGGUUUUCUCUGUGGAAGGAGAGGAGGUUCUCGACUUUUACAGUGAUACUGAUGAAUGGCUGACCAUCUUGGAGGAAACAGCCAAGACUCAAGAUUCAAGUAUGGAUUUAUCAUCUGGGGAACAGUCUAAGUCAGAGUCCUCGACCAAGGGGAACAGUGGCAAUGGCGACUCCAAUAGUGCCAGCCAAUUCAACCGCAUUAACGACUUCGCGAUCACUCCGAAUGGGAAAGUGUUGAUCACUGCCAAUAACGAUAAGCAGGUCUUUUUCUAUCGCAUUCCAAAUCUUUUCGAUCCAUCGUCGACCACCUUUCGUAUAGCGCUGUUGAGCCUUAAUGGGCGUUUAACAUCUUGUUCUGUUUCUGCUAAUGGCAAAUACAUGCUUAUCAGCAUUGCACCCGAAGAAAUUCAAGUCUGGGAUAUCAGUCCUCUUGAGAACUUCGAGAGACCUUUUUUGAAGCAGAAAUUUUUGGGCCAGAGCCAGGCAUUAUAUAUGGUGCGUUCUUGCUUCGGGUAUCUUCCACUGUCUACCAAUGAGGAGGAAUUAGUGUUGAGUGGAAGUGACGAUGGAUACGUUUACAUCUGGAGACUCCAAACGGGUCAACUUGUGACAAGAGUUCGUGCACACCAUGGUUUGUGCAAUUCAGUGGACUGGAACCGCUUUUACAAACCAGCAAAGCAGGGAAAAGAUUACGGAACCUACUGGUGUUCUGUUGGUGACGACAGACUCGUUAAGAUCUGGGGACCUCGCUCUUAG